AUGGAAUUAGGCGACCAGAAACCAUCACAAUUACUAAGAAAAAUGCAAGACCUAGCCAGGGGACGAGUAAAUAACGAAACACUCAUAGUUAUGUGGCAGAAUCAUUUACCAAAUUCGGUGCGAGGAGUUUUAGCUGUAACGGAAGAAAAAGAUUUAGAGAAAUUAGCAUCAAUAGCGGAUAAAAUAAUGGAAACGACGACUCCCAUAUACAGUGUUGCGACUGUCAAACAGGAACCAGGCCCAUCCGGUUCUCAGGACCAAAUUAUUUCGGCAAUAAACAAAUUGAGUGAUAGAUUACAAAAUUUAGAGUCAAGAUCACGAGGCCGUUCAAAUAACUGGCGAAGGAAUAACUUUAGACGCAACAGAUCCAGGUCAGGGUCAAGAAGUCGCACAAGGAAAUUCGAAGAUCCAAAUUGGUUAUGUUUUUACCAUUAUAAGUAUCGCAGCAAGGCAACUAAAUGUGUGGAUCCAUGUAACUGGAAGAAAAAACACGACAAGGACAAGCCAGCGGAAAACUAG